GGUGCUCGAGCAGAAGGAGGCUGCCCUCUCCCGUGCCUCGGCUGCGGUCGUCGCGGCGGAGCGGGCGCUGGCCGACGCUCAGCAGGCGGCGCAGGCGGCGGCGGCUGAGCAGCAGCGCGCAAAGGCGGCCCACGAUGCGGCUGUGGAGCGCGUCGCUGCGAAGGCCAACGUCAAGAGCGUCCCUGAGGGCUACACGUCUGACGGCAAGAGGGUGGCCUUCGCGGUGGAUGACCAGCUGUUCGCCGACAUCGGCGAGUCCGACGCCGAGCAGCAGACGCAGCUCAAGGACUUCGAGGCCCAGAUCAAGGAAAAGCGUGACCAGGGCUCGGCGCUGCAGGCGGAGGUCCACGCGCACUGCGAGCGCGUGCGGGUCCUCCGCAGCUCCCGCCCCAAGCGCCAGCGCGUCCACGAGGACGGCGCGGCGGCCCCCACCCACGCCGAGGGCGCCUCGCAGCCACCGCAGGCUGCCGAGGGGCAGGCCGCCCUCGACGAGGCUGCCAAGGCUGCCUACGAGGAGGCAGUCGCCAGGGCGAGGGCCGACGCCGUCGCGAAGGCCCCGGGGCGGCGGCACAGCAUCUCUGAAUGGGGCCCUGUGGCCCGUGGUUCCAUGCGGGGGCGAGCCUCCAUGCACGACACCGUCACGCUCACCGGGACGCAUGUUUGGGGGGAGAAGCUGGACAAAGCCAAGCGCGACCUGGGCGAGGACGGGUGGGAAGUGAUAGCCACCCCUGCAGUGCCCAUUGGCCGCUCUUCUGCGGGCAACACUGGCGGCGAGUGGGCGAUGGCGAAGAAGACGUUGUCCACCACCUCUUUCGCGUCCCUGCGCACCGCCGAGCUGAAGCGCACGGGCAAGGGCCCCAUCGCGUCGACGAUUGACACUCUGCUCGACGUCGGCUGGGACCCGCGUAGCCCCAUGGAGUGGAUUUCGGACCAGGAUGUGCUCUGGCGCAUACCUUCGAUCGUGGAUGACGAGUUCGACUCUCUCCACGGCGACUUCACCGACAUCUUAGACGACAGCGAGGACUCCGUGGACCGCCAGCUCUGGGCCACUGCCUCGUUGCAUGAUGCUGGUCCUGACCUCCGCGACGGCGCCGAUAUGUACCAGGUCUGCCGCGAGUUCCGCAGGCUUGAGCCCGACGGCGGCCUCGACCACUGGGCCCUGAACGCCGUGGUCGUUGCUGGUGGGCAGUGGCCCCGUGAGCGCCAGCGCGCCGCGGGCUACGUCCUCUCACCCACGUGUCAGCGCUGUCUCAAGGAGCCCGAGGAAUCUGUCCAUCGGGUUUGGAGCUGUGAGGCCAACAGAG